UGAGGGGGGAACCGGGGUUCGGGUUUCGAUCUACGGACGGAAGGGGGAAGUAAAUAAUUCAAAUGUCUCAAAUAUCUGGCAAACUGCGACCGGGACCAACAACUAACGUAGCGUACCGCACCCUAGACAGUCAUAGCGUCAUCCGGAAUAUUUCUUGGAUUCACAAGGCUAAAGUUUUAGUUUUUGCGCUGUGGCUCUAGUCAACUUCUCCUUUUUGUUAGUCUGUUUUCAACUUAGAAAGUAACGAGUAACUGACAUUUCGACUGCCAUGGAGUAUUUGGGAUUCACGUAGGAAAGAAGCUUGCUCAAUAGUCAUCCACCUCGCGUGUUAUCAUGCGCUACCGGAGGGAGGGCCACAGUCAGGUCUGUAUGAACAAAGGGGAUGUUAAUUUAAGCGAGACAAUUCAACGUCCAUUAAAUCAAUAACAGACCGUCUUCUGGAAACAAAGCAGAAUAAUUCGAAAAGGAUAUUAUCUAGAAACAAGACCCCGCGCUGUAUCCAAAUCCGGCGGACGAUGGCAACAACAAAAGCCAAGGCUGGACUGAACAAUGAAGGCAGUCCUUAUCGGGAGACUACCGGGACAGGAGCGAGCAGCCCCGCGUUAUCUGCCGCGGCCGCGGCGUUAUCAGUGAGCAACAAUAGGACUUAUUCUCUGGAUGAUUUUGAGACGGUUGCUACCGUUGGUACGGGUACAUUUGGCAGGGUUUUCCUGGUGAAGGACAAGAAGACGAGAGGCUUCUUCGCCUUGAAGGCCAUGAAGAUUCCCGACGUAAUCCGAUUGAAGCAGGAGCAGCACGUCCACAACGAGAAGGAGGUGCUGACGGAGGUGAACCAUCCCUUCCUCAUCAGGCUGUUCUGGACGCACCACGACGAGUGCCUGCUCUACAUGCUGAUGGACUACGUGCCGGGCGGCGAGCUGUUCAGUUACCUUCGCUCCCGCGGGCGUUUCAGCAAUGCCACGGGCCUCUUCUACUCGGCCGAGAUCGUGUGCGCCAUCGAGUACUUGCACGCCAAGGAGAUCGUCUACAGGGACCUGAAGCCAGAGAACAUCCUGCUGGACGGGGAGGGCCACAUCCGCCUCACCGACUUUGGCUUCGCCAAGAAGCUCUCGGACAGGACAUGGACUCUGUGUGGCACUCCUGAGUACCUAGCCCCAGAAGUCAUCCAGAGUAAGGGUCACGGCCAGGCUGUGGACUGGUGGGCUUUGGGGGUCCUCAUCUUCGAGAUGCUUGCGGGAUACCCACCAUUUUAUGACGACAAUCCAUUUGGCAUCUACCAGAAGAUCCUGGCAGGCAAGCUGGAGUUUCCACGACAUCUGGAUUUCUAUGUGAAGGAUCUCAUCAAGAAGUUGCUGGUGAUUGACCGACAAAGAAGACUGGGUAACAUGAAGAAUGGAGCAGAAGAUGUGAAAAAGCACAGGUGGUUCAAGUCUAUAGACUGGGAGACAGUGCCAAAUGGAAGACUAAAGCCACCCAUAGUUCCCAAGGUUUCUCACGAAGGAGACACCUCCAACUUUGAUGCCUACCCUGAGGAUGAAUGGAAGAAGGAGACUCCAGUGGCACCAAAGGACCUGGAGAUUUUUAAAAACUUCUAGCUCAACUUUUUAAAUGGGAAUGGGAGGGAGAAAGAAGAAGCCACUGGUGCAGGAGACGUCCCUUUACUCGCUCCUUAACGGAGGCCAGUUGGACUCACAAGGCUUGGGGUUGCAGUUGCCAUUGUCUCCUUGGCCUGUUAACAUUAAAUGGAAAAGGCGAAGGACUUCUCUUUGUGUUUCUCCAGGCCUACUUUUCUUAUGCAACAAAUGAGGAAAAAAUGCUGCAUACACCAAAAAUGACUUGUUCUUAAUAUUCUUAAUAUGUGCGCAUAUCUGCAAUAAAACCUUUUUUCUUUUUUUUUUUAUUCUUUUUUGCUGAAUCAGCGAAACUGUGGAUUAAUUUACCUCAAAAUGUGGAGUUACCUUUUUGCCCGUGAGUCAUUGCUGCAAAGGAAAGAUCACGCUACAUGGCAGCAGCACGAUGCAAUUUAUUUAUACGUAAGCUAUGUGAACUUUACAUUUUGCGGCUUGGGACGUGUUGAUUGUGCUGUUGUGAAGUGACGUAGUCGUAGAUGCUUCCACUUUCUCAAACAGCCAGAGAACCCAAAGCAUUACAUUCUAAAGGUCAUUGUCGCUGUAGAUGUUAGUCUGUUCAUUUUAGGUGUGGUUUUAUGGUUAAUAUCAAAUGAAAUGUUUUAUGGGACCAUAAUUGUUGAAAGAGAGGACUGUACUGUAUCAGGCUUAUUUGCUAACUGUACCACACUGACAAGUGGUCCAGGAUUGAGGAUUUUGGUAUUCUGAGUAAGAUGAGAGAUGGUGCUUGAAGAAAUGUUUAACCUAGACCUGUUUUCAUUAGAAUUGAACCUUAAACCUGAGCCUCAUUUAUUUUAAGGUUUACUGCAGCCUUAGGCUUUCAGUCUAUCUGGUCAUGAAGUGAUGUCCUCCUUAUCUCGUACUGUAAUUGCUUCCUAAUCAGUCAUCCUUCAGUGCUUGAGUAUCAAUGAACUUGCCUAAGGUGGCCUUAUAGGAGGAUGUGUAAAUCAAAUUACAGACUUCUUGAUUUUAUUUGUUUGUUUUACAGAAUAGUACUGGUGUGUUUUAAAAACAGCUGCUGCAGUCAAAAUUGUUAUCAAACAUAAAAACACCAUAUAGAGACAAGAGACUUGUGUGGAAGUUUAAAAAACAAACAACAAAAAAAAACACUUAAACACUGUAGCUUCUGUAUAUAUCUAAAUUCUUAACCCUUUAUUGAACCUACAAUCAGGACAUCUUUGGAGAAAAAUUUGCCUUUUGUUGAUCAGUGUUACCUUGCAAAAUGUGUAUAUAUCAAUAAGUUAAUGAACUGUGGGGAACAAUCAGCCACACUAAAAAGGUUUCAAAUUACAGGUGGCAUCAUGUAUGCUGAAGGUUAUACUAGAUAUUUUCUACUGCCUAAAAACGUGCAACUUCAGUAGCUCAAGCAGUAUGCCUAACCUUCAACACUCCUGCUUUUCUGAACAUGUUUGGGAGUGACCUGCAGUCUCUUGUUUAUUUUUCUUUUUUUAAUGUUCUGGAAGUAACUUUGUUGUUGAUGCCAGUUUUAGAUGUGUAGCCAUAUGAAGCAAAACACCUAAAUAGUUUAAAGUGGUUUUUUUUGUUGUUUUUUUUUGUUAAACUUAAAUUAUUUAAAAUUUGUUUACGAUGCACAUAUGGAUAAUCUGUUAGUUUGUGACCUCUUUUGUAUAGUUUAAUACUCUUCAAAUGUUAAGCAUUUUCAUCCUUUUACCACUGAUGUAAAAAAACAGUUCUUGUUUGUUUUUUAAAUGUUUUUAUCUUAGACAAUAUGCAGUUUUCAAUUAUAAACUGUGUGUUGGGUUAUCCUGUGAUGGCUCUGGAUGGUUUUAUAAUUUCUCAAUGUUUAAUUACUUUGCCUACUCUAAGGGGAAAAAAAUGUAUUUUACUUAUUGUCCUUUUCUACAGUAAAAACUGAAAAGAGUUCUGUGAACUAACAUACUGACCUGAAUCCCCAUAGGAACAUUUAUACUCUGUUAUAAUUCUGCCUUUUGUCUGUUCUUUAGUGGGUUCCUUUUGAUUUGCCUUCUUCAAAGCAUUGACAGUGUAUUAAGAGUAGUGCAAGUGCAGUAUUACCUGCUGUUCUGGUAGCUAAAACAAAUACGAAUAAACCUUUCAUGUGGGUAA